CAAGGUGGCUUUGACCACUGCCUUCAGCAAAGAAACAUUUUCUACAAUACACCUGCUGUCUGGGUUGCUUGGUACAGCCAUACUGUGGGACUUGUUUCCUCACAUUCUCUCGGCAGCUUUGAGGUUGCACAGAGACAAGUACUUCUGGUCAUCAUUUUUGUCCUUAAUUGUGAAUUAGACUUGUUGCUGCUACCAGCUGGAUCUUGGAAAAAAGAUUUUUUUGAGAAGACAAUUGCACAAUGAGGAUUUUCAUAGCCUUUGAGGGAUCUUUUGAACCAUUUGAUGUUUCAGCAGAUGAAACUGUGGAAGCUGUCAAGUUAAUGAUAAAGGAUUAUUUCCACAUCUCUCUCUCUGAGGACAAACAAGGCAGGCGGUAUCUGGAGUUAAUGUAUGCUGGAGCAGCUCUAAAGGACAGUUGGAGUCUUGCUGAUGUUGGAAUAUCUUUUUGUUCAACUCUCAAAUGCUUUGUUAAGGAAGAAGACAAGCCAACUCUCUACGUGUUCAAUGCUGUAACCCAAGAGACGAUGCCAAUAAUGGGGAGCAUUUCCCUUCUUGGUAAAAAAGUGUCUGAUCUGAAAACACUGGUAACUCUGAGAAGUGGCUUCCCCGUAAGUGUCUACUGUCUCCGCACCACUCAGGGCCUGGAGAUGUACGACUGCAACACCCUCAGGGACUACCAGAUGGAUAUUGGUACAACACUCCGCUUGGACGUCUGGGAUGGAUGGAAGGAAUUUCUGAUGGGUUGUCUUCUAGGACAAAAACUUAAAGUCCAACGUUAUUUAUCAGAAGAAGGACCAGUACUCAAGUAUCAGAAAAGGGUAGUUCUGUACAUCGCUGCCUUUUAUGGGUACAUUGAGCUCACUGAAUGGGCCCUGAAGCAAGGUGUGCACCCCAAUGAAGCAGUUGGUGUUCACCCCUAUCGAACAUGGUGCCAUGAAGCCCUUCAUGCAGAUGUCUCCAAAUGCCCCAUUCAUGCAGCUGCAGAAACGGGCCAACUGUUGAUUCUGAAGGCCUUUGUCAACUGCAGCGUGCUGUGCCUGGAAUGCAAAAAUGCAGCAGGACAAAUUCCCCUGACCAUCGCGCUCAAACACAAGCAUAAAGACUGUGUAUUAUAUUUGCUGAGUAAAACUUGGUCCACGGUUUCCUUUCCAAAAAUUUCAAUUUCUAUGAGGAUUUAUAUUAAAAUAAAUCAAUGGGUCCUCAGAGCUCAGAGACAUGGCCUUAAUAAAAGCCAACUUUAUGGAGGGAGGGUCUUUGGGGCAAGAGUUGGUGACAUCGUGGUGGUGGAUGGCUUCACCAAACCAAAAAUGACCUCCAGGAGCUGGCAUAAGGCUGGACAUAAGAACUCAAAAAGUACUACGUGCAAGUUACUGCCCCUCAGGGAACAAACUACAGGUAGGAAACCUGUCAAUCCUUUGACAAUUUCACAACAGGACACAAGAGGAGAAAAUUUCAAAUUUCCUCCACUGGUAGAUGCAAAUAAGUUUUCUGAAUUACAGAGUCAUCAACAAAAAAAUGAGAAAAAAAUUACUGCUACAGCUAGUAAAAAAGAAAAGCUAAUAAAAAACACAUAUCUCCCCCAAGUACCCCUUCCUCCCAUUUCAAGAGUGGGAUAUUCACACCCAUCGUUUUAUUAUGCAACUCCCAGUGCCGCCUUUUUACUAAGGUCCUCCUUCUCGUCUUUCUCGGAGCACAGUGGGAAGACUCCAAGAGAGAAUGCAAUCUUCUGCCUAGCUGUGGCAAGUGCCUUUAAAGAGAAACGAUGGCUUCAGCAGUUAGGAAUAGCAAGAGUCCUGGCCAAAAAGAGCAUUUCUAACCUGACUACCCAAGGAAGCCUGCCAGCAUGUAAAAACCUUCCAGAAAUUGUGCUUUGAAAAGUUAUGACAACCCCAGUUUGGGUGAAAAUCUGGCCAAAUAGGACAGCAAACCUCCACUUCUACUGCUAAUAUUUCUAAUAAUUCUAAUGCUAUCAUUUCUAUUCAUAGUUCAAAUGCCAACAGUUCUAAUGCUAUGCAACUAUCAACAGGGUAUUUAACAUUUAACACCAUGUUUUCUUGGACUAUAUCACCCUAUAUGAAAAUUUAUUUUUCUGCAUAAAAAGUGUGAGGAAGAAUACAUAAGAAACUGAGAAUAGAAGUUGCCAAUAGGAUGGGGAAACUGGGCAUAGGGAGAAGAAUGGAAGUCAGAAUUUUUACUGUUUCUUUUUGUUUUCCUGAGUGAUUUUUUUUAAUGCUUUUUGUUUUUAGCCUUAUAAAUGUAGUACAUAGUAAAAAAUUAAUACAUUUAAAAAAGUCUUUGUGCUUGUCAGACAUCUGUUUGAACGUCUGCUAAAACAUUAUUUUCCAUUAAUUGAGAUAAAUUUUACUUACAGUGAAUUGCACAGAUCUAAAGUGUAAAAUUCAACGGAUUAGACAAAUGUGUACAUCUGUAUAACCAACACCUUGAUCAAAGUAGAACACUUCCAUUACCCCAAAAGGUUCCUUUGGGUUCCUAUCCAGUAAAUCCCAACCCCCUCUAGGCAACUACUAUUCUGAUUUCUAUCACCAUAACUUUUUCCUGUUAUUCAAAUCCAAAUCAAUGGAAUCAUACAGUUGUUCACUUUUGUGUCUAGGUUCUUUUAUUCAACUUAAUGUUUUUAAAGUCAAUUAUAUU